ACAUUCAUCUGCCAAUAAGAUUCAUACUUCUGAUGUAAACGUCAGUGUCCGCCAUUGUGGUGCGGCUUCCAUUUCCCUCAGAUUCGCCUCGUCGUCGGUGCGCGCUGUCGAAGCAACUGGAAAUUUCGGUGGGUUUUAGGUCAAAAGUGCAAAGCAACAAUGGUGAAGAUAUUUAUCGGAAACCUGGCUGAGGAGACUAGCAGGGAUGAAAUUGAAGCCCUCUUUACUCCGUACGGGAAAUUGAUGGAAUGUGCCAAGUACAAAAACUAUGCCUUUGUUCACAUGGAUGACCGCAAGGCAGCGACCAAAGCCAUCCGUGAGCUCCAUCUCCGUAAACUCAACGGCAGGCCCAUGAAUGUGGAGCCCAGCAGAGGGAACAGCCAGGGUCCGGUCAAGCUUCACAUCUCCAAUGUAGAAAGGGGCUUCGAGAAGGAGUUACAAGCGCUCUUUGAAGAGUAUGGCACCGUGUCAGAGUGUGCCAUUGUGAAGAAUUUUGCAUUUAUUCACAUGACCAAUUCUGAUGAGGCCAUGGAUGCCAUUAAAGGUCUGGAUAACACAUUGUUUCAAGGAAAUUAUAUCCAUGUUCAACUGUCAAGAAGCAAACCUGCAUGGGCUCAAGAGGAGGAGGACUAUCCACCGCCACCACCGCCACCUAGCAGAGGAGGCUAUUACCCUCCUCCUCCUCGCUUUCAUCCAGAGCCUCCCUAUGGCGAACGCAUGUCUGCUUACCCACCUCCACCUCCCCCACCACAACCUCCUAGACGACCCAUGUAUCCAGACCGUAGUUAUGGCGAGCGAGAAGGCUAUAGGGUGGUGGAUUACUAUGAGAAAUUCAGAGCCCGCCCUUAUGGCGACCCAGGUUAUGAAGACAGGCGCUCUGGCGCCAUCCCUCCCCCACCGCCGCCACCUUCAGGAAUGGGUAGGGAGCGUGUUGCAAUGAGCUCCCACGAUCCGUAUGACCGGCGGCCUCUUCCCCCUCCUGCUAUGCCCUACAUGACCCGGGACCGCAGCCCCAUCCGACGAGCCCCGCCUCCUCCAGCUCCCCCCGCUCCGGUGGCCGGCAACGGGUACCCUUAUGAGCGCACCCGUUUCACCCCGCAGACAAAACCUCAGGGAUAUGCACCCCCUUACGCCAGGCCCAGCUAUGUGCAAGGCGGUCACCCUCCGCAACCCAACUAUGGCGCCUACCAGGCCCAUGGUUAAAACAAAGGUUUAGAAUAUGAUGAACGCCGUCUGCUGAUGCGCAUGGUGCUAUACGCUCCCCCCUUGUGUAUGGUGGAUUGCGUUGCGUUCGCCGGAGACUAACAGGAAGAUACUGUAUUGCGGACGGUGCCGUUCUUAAAAACAAAACCUGCGAUUCUUUGUUGCAUUUACGUAUAUCUCUGAGCUGUCAAUGCUUUUUCUGUUCUUCUGUUUUUCACUUUUCAAAUUCGUGGAUUGUUGGGUUUCUUCAGUGCUUAGUUUAGCAAGUGUGGCACGCUACUUUUACCUCUUAAAUGUUGGUAGAAAGACAUGAUUCAAAUUGAAAUACAUCCAGUCUUUGUGAACAGAAAUAUUGUAGCUAUUGUGUAGACUAACUGAUUUUUAUUUUUUACCCAUAAAAAAAUUACGUUUAAAAAAAAAAAAAGACUUCAGCCAAUGUGUCUAUUUAACUUGUGUCGCUAAGACAGACAUAAAAAUCGAAGAUCUCUUUUCCGACCUGUACGCCUGUAAAGUCAAAAUUAUAGAAUUGAUUUCCCCUCCCUUCUUUACUUUGUUAGUCUUUCUCAGUUUAUACAGCAAAGUUAUGUAUGCUUUCAUUUACAAGUUGCUCCCCAUUCCCCCAUUUUAAGUUUUUAAUAAACAGAUGAAACACAAAACGAAAGUUUUUAACUGUCAAGUCAUUGCUCAACCCGAGAUCUUUAAUCGCAGCGUGAAGAUGCUUUUGCGAUCUGUCAUCAGUUUGAAGCUCGACACAGGGUAGGUUUGUACAGCCUGAACGUUGCGAAAUGUCAUUUGUUUUUUGUCAAUUGAAAUUUUGUCCUACGCUUAUUAAAUUCCCUAGUUGGACGUUAAAGAAAAUAAGCUUGCGAUUUUAAGAGUCGCUUGAUAUGCUCCCUGUCAUUGCGAAUAUUAAUGUAUAGUUUUUAAGUAGGAACAAUUAUACAAAUUUUGCACCUGGUCAGCCUUUUCUUUCUAUAAUGAUUAAUAGAUGUCACCUUUGUGUCUGUUCUAAUUUGUGCAAUGUCU